CCGGGAUCCACAUCCAAUUGGCUCUUCUUGGAGUCCCCGCCCCCGGGCGUUCGUGGCGGGGGACCACGUCAGGCUGCCGGCGCGGGGCUGAGCUUGGGGCAGAAGGGAGAAGCUGCAUACAUAUAUAAGAGAAGCAGAAAUGUCAGAUGAUAUCAGGAAAAGGUUUGAAUUUCCAAAUUCUCUUAUCCAAUCACAGGCUGUGGGUCAUCUUAUUGCUGCAGUCCUAAAAGAAAAUGGUUUUACUGGAAAGAUCCACCAAUCCACAAACCAGACUCCUGCCUUGAACUUACUGUGGGAGAAGUGUUGCAGUGAGAAUGUAGUGGUUCGAACAGCCUGCUGUGAAGGUCUGGUAGCGCUUGUCGCUCAGGAUCAUGCAGAGUUCAGCUAUGUUCUCAAUGGGAUACUCAACCUGAUUCCAUCAACCAGGAAUACACAUGGCUUGAUAAAAGCUAUUAUGAAAUUAUUACAAAUGCAAGCUGUUAAGGAAGGAGAAGGUGGUGAGAAGAAUAUUCAGGGUGUCUAUACUAUUAGAAGCCAUCCUCAGCCUCUGAUCACUGUGCUUGAACACAGACCUGAUUGCUGGCCAGUCCUUUUGCAGCAACUGACAGCUUUUUUCCAGCAGUGCCCUGAAAGGUCAGAAGCUUCAUGUAUGCAAAUAAUGGCACCAUUUCUGUGGUAUCUAUAUUGUGAACCAUCCCAGCUAGAAGAAUAUGCUAAACUCCGACAAGCCCUGCUAAAAGUCUUAUUUCAACCCCGGGUUCUUUGUGACAAAGAGCAGCCAUCGAUAUUGGAACAACAGAUUCUUCAGCUGUGUUGUGACAUGCUUCCAUGUUUGCAGAUGAAAGAUUUGAUACAGACAACUGAAGUGAUGGUGUUUAUUGAAGAAUUAUAUUUAAGCCUUUUGCGUCAUCCUGUUUUCUGGAAAAUUCAUCUUGCUCAGCUGACCCUUCAACUGCUGUGUGUCUGUGAAGUCAGCUUACAGAUAACUGGGGAAUGCUCUUCUUUCAUUCGCCUUUUAGAGCACAGUGUUGAAGUUUUGAAGGAGGAUUUUCCUGUUGAACUGGUCAUAAUUGGAAUAGCUUUACUUCUUCUACAGACUCCAGCAAGUCAGCAGAAGCCAAUCCUAACUCUAGCUUUGAAGCUCCUCUCUUUUGCUGAGGAUCAGAAAAUCCCAAAGUCAUCUCUAGUGCUGGUGUUGCCAAUUCUGCAGAUUUUAUCGUCUACUACCUUGGAAGACUGCAUAUCCCCAGAUGAAGAAGGUCCCUCCAGGCAGCAGCUGGCUCUAAGUCUUUUGGAAAUGGUACAGCAGGAGUGUUACAGAGAUGACCUCCAAAAGCCUUCCCAUAGGCUUGUGUUCCCUAUAACCAGCAUGUAUGGCUCAAUAUUUACAACCUGGAGAAUUCUUGAAGUAAUGAGAGAAGAGUCUGCCACAAAUGACUGGUUGGCUUCAGUGGGGUCAUUGCUCCCUAUUACUACAGUGAUCCCUGUGCCUGUUUUUCUUUUGCUGGCUCACCUCCUUAUUGAAGAUAAAGGACAAAAUCUUCACAAAAUACUGAAGGUCACCACAGAAUUAGCCCAAGCAGACUCCUCACAGGUACCAAAUUUGAUACCAGUUUUGAUGUUCAAAUUGGGAAGACCACUGGAGCCUGUGUUAUACAAUGAUAUAUUGUAUACUUUACCUAUGCUUGGUGUUCAUAAGGUAUGCAUAGGACAGAUUCUCCGAGUAAUCCAACUGCUUGGAACCACCCCACAGCUAAGAGCUGUCACUUUGCGCUUGUUGACAUCUUUGUGGGAAAAGCAGGAUCGUGUCUAUCCUGAACUACAGCGUUUCAUGGCCAUGUCUGAUGUACCUUCUCUUUCUGUGGGCAAGGAGGUCCAAUGGGAGAAGCUGAUUGCUAAAGCGGCAUCAAUCAGAGAUAUAUGCAGGCAAAGACCAUAUCAGCAUGGUGCAGAUAUGUUGGCAGCUAUUUCUCAGGUGUUGAAUGAAUGCACCAAACCUGAUCAAGCUACCCCAGCUGCUUUGGUGCUACAAGGUCUUCACUCGCUCUGCCAAGCUGAGGUUGUUUGCAUCCGCUCUACCUGGAAUGCUCUGUCCCCAAAGCUGAGUUGUGAUACAAGACCUCUCAUUUUGAAGACCCUAAGUGAACUGUUUUCUCUGGUUCCUUCCUUAACAGUCAAUACAGCUGAAUAUGAGAAUUUUAAAGUUCAAGUCCUCAGCUUCCUCUGGACCCAGACUCAAAAUAAGGACCCAGUUGUAGCAAAUGCUGCAUAUAAAUCUCUGUCCCACUUUAGUGCAGGGGAACACACCAUUCUUCAUCUGCCUGAACAGAUAAGACCAGAAAUCCCUGUUCCUGAUGAAUUAGAUGAAGAAGAUGAGGAGGAAGUAGAUCUUUCAGUUCCUGGCUUUUGCUAUCUUAAACUGUUGUCAAUCACUGCUCCUUUGGUUUUGCCAGCUUUGGAGGAGUUUUUUACAUCGCUUGUGAAGCAAGAAAUGGUGAAUAUGCCCCGUGGCAUUUAUCACUCGGCAUUAAAAGGAGGUGUCCGCUCAGACCAAGGAAAGACUGUGGCAGGAAUCCCCAAUUUUAUAUUGAAAAUGUAUGACACAAACAAGCAACCAGGAUUGAAACCUGGCCUUGCAGGUGGUAUGUUGCUUUGCUAUGAUAUUUCAAUGUACCAGAGUAAAGAUGGCAAACCAUUGAAUCGACUGAUGGCCAGUAGAGGGCGAAGUUUCAAGCAGACAUCUCUCGCUCUUGUACAUGAGGUUCACAUCCAGCUUUCAGAGUGGCACCGUGCAAUUUUCUUUCCACAGGCCUGGCUUGCAUAUAUGAAUCGAGCUUAUCAUGCCAUUUUACAGGGGAGAAUUGCAGAGCUGGAGUUGCAGUUGAAACAUGGAAAAGAAGGAGCUGAGGAGGUGCAGUACAAGACAAGCACAGCCUGGCUCUGGGUUAGAGACAUGCUGACUGAUGAGAUCACCAAGACGGCUGCAAAAGAGAGUCCAGUGGUCAAAGGCAAUGCGCUCUUGGCUUUAAGCAGCCUUGCUGUCGUCGUUUCCAAACAUGAAGCCAGCCUUUCCUCAGAUUCUGAUGGGGUCCUGGAGGUUCAACCUCAUUUCCUUUCAAUGAAAGAGUGGAUUACCAUGGUGCUUGAUACUCUUCUGGUCAUUGUGGAUAGCCAUUACCAACCUAGAGGGCAGCUUUUAUCAUGGUUUUAUUAUAAAUCUUAUUCUGGUGAAAACACAGCUAGUGCCAUUGCCCGUUCUGCUGCCGCCACGGCUUUGUCUCUCCUUGUGCCAGUUUUCAUUAUCUCUUGCAAAGAGAAGGUUGAGGAAAUCCUGAACAUGCUGACUGCCAGGUUACCUGGGAAACCAAGUGCUGAUGAGUCUCAAGCCGUGCAAAUCCAUAUGGGCCUUGCUUUGGGGAUGUUUCUUUCUCGCCUGUGUGAGGAGAAACUCAGUGAUGUAUCUGGCCAACAGAUGAAUCUUCUUCUGAUGAAGUCUUUAGAUGCCCUGGAAAACUGCUGCUUUGACACUAGUCUUGAAUACAACACGGGCUGCAUACUAGGAGUUGGACUGGUUCUGUCCCUCAUGAGCCACAGCAAUCAAACGGAGUCCCGAGUGCAUGUUGCAGCCUCACUUCGGAAGCUGUCCGCACACCUGGAUGACAGUGGGAGCCAGAGCAGAACAUUUCAAGAGGUCCUUGCCUACACCCUUAGCUGUGUGUGCACAUCAGCGUUCAGUGCAGGAAUUAUUGAAGCUGAAGAGGCUGAAGAGAUUAUGAACAAGCUGCAACUGUUGGUACAGAACAGCCAGCAGACUUCAGGUUUUGCCCUGGCGUUAGGAAACAUAGUUCAUGGUUUGUCUGUUUGUGGACAUGGAAAAGCUGAAGAUUUAGGCAGCAAACUGCUCCCUACCUGGAUCAGAACUGUUCUAUCAGAGGGCACUCCCACAAUGCUUUGUUUGGCAGCUCUUCAUGGCAUGGUUGCCUUGGUGGGCUCUGAAGGGGAAGUGAUGCAGCUGAAAUCAGAAGCCAUACAGACCUCUCAUUUUCAAGGCAGACUUAAUGAAGUCAUUAGAACCUUAACUCAGGUCAUUAGUGUCUCUGGGGUGAUUGGUCUUCAGUCAAAUGCAGUUUGGCUUCUAGGACACCUUCAUCUGUCUACACUGUCAUCAAAUCAAAGUAGAACCUCUGUUCCUACGGACUAUAGCUAUUUGCCUGAAAGCAGUUUUAUUAGAGCAGCAAUUGGCUUCUUCGUUACAGGAGGGAAAAAAGGUCCAGAAUCUGUGCCUCCUCCCUUUCUCAAAGUGGUGAUGAAACCCAUAGCAGCUGUUGGAGAAAGCUACCAAUAUCCUCCUGUGAACUGGGCUGCACUCCUCUCUCCACUUAUGAGGCUAAACUUUGGUGAAGAAAUACAGCAACUGUGCCUUGAAAUCAUGGUAACCCAGGCACAGUCAUCCCAGAAUGCAGCUGCACUGUUGGGCUUGUGGGUGAUGCCACCACUGAUCCAUGGCCUGAGUCUGAAUAUCAAGAAAUACCUCCUGCUCUCUAGCCCUCUCUGGAUAAAGCAUGUCUCUGAUGAGCAGAUCCUGGGUUUUGUUGAAAAUUUAAUGGUGGCAGCUUUUAAAGCUGUUUCCCCACCUUGCAAUCCUGAGUUAUGCCUCAGUGCCUUACAGGGUCUCAGCCAGACCAUGAAAAUACCCAGCCCUGCCCACCACCUCUGGACUGUGCUCUGCGAAGCUACUGGGAAAAUUUUUGACCUUCUGCCAAAUAAGAUUCGGCGAGUUGAUCUAGAACUGUAUAUCAGCAUAGCAAAAUGCCUCUCAGAAAUGACAGAUGAUGAAGCCAGUCGGGUUUCCAAGAUCACUAAGAGCAACAUAGAAAAGAGUGCCUUUGUCAAACUGUACUUAGUCUCUCAAGGACGAUUCCCCUUGAUGAGCUUGACUGAUAUCAUCAGUGUUGCUGUGCAGCACCAUGAGAAAGAAACGCUGGCCUGGAUGAUUCUGCAGGGCUUAUACCAGGCACGGAUAGUGAGCCAUGCUAACACAGGUGUGUUGAAGAGAAUGGAGUGGCUUUUGGAACUGAUGGGUUAUAUCAGAAAUGUUGCUUACCAGUCAACAUCUGUUCAGAAUGUGGCUCUUGAUGAGGCUUUGGACUUCUUGUUGCUGAUAUUUGCAACUGCAGUGGUUGCAUGGGCAGACCAUGCUGCCCCUCUCCUCCUUGGCCUCAGUGCCAGUUGGUUGCCAUGGCAUCAGGAGAAUGACCAGGCCGAGCAAUCAUCAAGCUUCCUUGGCAGGAGUCCAAUGCACAAGGUUACUCUGCAGGAGGUUCUCACUCUGCUUCCAAGUAGCAUGCUUCUUCUGCUGCAGAAAGAGCCAUGGAAGGAACAGACUCAGAAGUUCAUCGACUGGAUGUUCAGCAUCAUGGAAAGCCCCAAAGAAGCCCUCUCAGCAAACUCCAGCGAUCUUUUGAAAGCCACCCUGCUGUCUUUGAGAGGUCUCCCAGAAUUUAAGAAGAAAGCUGUAUGGACCAGAGCAUAUGGUUGGUGAAUAGUUUUGUGGUAGCCUGCAGCAUUCUCAGCUGGAUGAGGAAAACCAUAGAAACGGAAGAAGUUUUACCGAAUUGGUGUCUGGGAUUGCUCAGAUGUGUUGCAGAGAGUUAAAGGUCUUGGAAAGGUGGAUAUAUCACUGACAACUUGACAGAUGCUUGUCGGAAGAGGAGUGCCUUGCUUUGAUACCCAGGCCAUUUGAGACUGAAAUAGAAACAUGAAUUUUAUUUGGGUAGACUUCAGUGUACAGGUUUUCUUUGUGAAAACUUCACUGUUAUCAUAUCUUCCUUCCUAAAUUCUAGUAAAAUUAUCUGAUAAAUUU